GAAAAGCUGGCUUCAUCAGUUUGGAAACAUGCGGCGGAAAGAGAGCAUACCUCCAACAGCAGAAGACAGAUUUAAGGAUUUGCGUGACAUUAACGGACGUGUAGUCCCGGUGAAAGAGUCGCGCGUAAUUUACGCAGUGUAGAAAGGCGCAUUUCAUGGAGAUCUCCGGAUGACAAAACCUGCACGCCGCGGGUUGCUUUCAGCAUCUACAGGGAUCUCCAAUGCAGAAAAUGGCGAGAGGGAUGAGAGGAACUCCCGUCGUUGCCCUGUUUUGGACAGUUUUAAUAACACUUGUUUGGGACGCAGAUGGACAGGAAACAUUCAAUGACUUAACAGGUUUCAGUCUGAAUCCUCCGUACUUUAACCUCGCUGAAGGGGCUCGGAUCUCAGCCACAGCAACCUGCGGUCAGACUGAGACUGAGGGACCGAGGUAUGAUUUAUAUUGUAAACUAGUUGGAGGACCGACUGCUGGACGUCUUACUCAAAACAUACAGGGUCAGUUCUGUGAUUACUGCAACUCUGAUGACCCUACCCGAGCCCACCCAGUGACAAACGCCAUCGAUGGAACUGAGCGGUGGUGGCAGAGCCCACCUCUUUCAAGGGGACUGGUCUACAAUGAGGUGAAUGUUACCCUGGACCUUGGGCAGCUCUUCCAUGUUGCGUACAUCCUCAUCAAGUUUGCUAAUUCCCCUCGUCCUGACCUCUGGGUGCUGGAGCGCUCCGUGGACAACGGAAGAACAUACACCCCCUGGCAGUAUUUUGCACAUUCAAAGCGUGAGUGCAUUGAGCAGUUUGGAAAGCAGCCCAAUGUUCGAAUACAACGAGAUGAUGAUCAGCUCUGCACAACAGAAUACUCACGUAUCGUCCCAUUGGAGAAUGGAGAGAUUGUGGUGUCUUUGGUCAACGGUCGCCCAGGAGCCAAAAACUUCACCUACUCGCCAGUGCUGCGAGACUUCACAAAGGCCACAAACAUCCGCCUACGCUUCCUCCGCACCAGCACCCUGUUGGGCCACCUCAUCUCCAAGGCCCAGAGAGACCCCACUGUCACACGCAGGUACUACUACAGUAUCAAAGACAUCAGCAUCGGUGGACGAUGUGUAUGUCACGGACAUGCACAAGUCUGUGGUGGCACCAGAGACCACGACAGCCCAAACAGACGUCAGUGUGAGUGCCAGCACAACACCUGUGGCGAGUCAUGUGACCGCUGCUGUCCAGGUUUUAACCAGAAGCCAUGGCGUGCUGCGACCGUCAACAGCCCUAACGAGUGUCAGCCUUGUCAGUGUUUCUCCCAUGCCUUUGACUGUUAUUACGACCCAGAGGUGGAAAAGAGGGGAGCAAGUUUAGACACCUUCGGCAGGUACGACGGAGGAGGUGUGUGCAUCGGCUGCCAGCACAACACUGCUGGGGUGAACUGUGAGCGAUGCAUUGAAGGUUUCUACAGACCCUUUGGAGUACCCCCUGAAUCCCCCAUUGGAUGCAUACCCUGUAGGUGUGAUGGCAGAACUACAGCUGGUUGUGAAAUGGGGUCUGGAAGGUGUAUCUGCAAGCCACAGUUUGCUGGAGAAAACUGUGACCGCUGUGCUGAUGGAUACAUUUACUACCCACAAUGCAUUCGAUAUCCAGUAUACCCAACGACCACCAAAUCUCCUGCAGGUCCUAUUGUGGUUCCCAGCGCCUGCCCCCCAGGUUAUUUCGGCUCCCCCAGCUGUCAACAGUGUAGAUGUGACUACAGAGGAACUGUGCCCCGGGUGUGUGACGCUUCAGGUCGAUGCCUGUGCCGUCCUUUUGUGGAGGGGGAGCAAUGUGACCGCUGUCAACCAGGAUAUCACUCCUUCCCAAACUGUCAGGAAUGCCUAUGUGAUGGAGCCGGUGCUGCUGACGGUGUCUGUAGUCCGAGUGGACAGUGUAUAUGCCUCCCUCACUAUGUGGGCCAUGACUGUAACGAAUGUGAACCUGGCUUCUAUGGAUACCCAGACUGUGCUGCUUGCCAGUGUUCCCAGGCAGGCUCGUACAGCACCGAAUGCAACCCCCUGUCGGGCCAGUGCUCGUGUCUGCCCGGGGUGGUCGGCCAGAAGUGUGACCGCUGUGCUUCAGGACUCAGGUUCCCCCACUGCUCUGCCUCUAUCACUCUCUGUAACCCAGCAGGAUCUGAGGUCACUGACCCUCAAGCGGGCUCUUGCCGCUGCCUUCCAAAUGUAGAGGGAACCCUGUGUGACAAGUGCAAACCUCUCUUUUGGAAUCUGGCUACGACCAACCCUCAGGGCUGUACAGAGUGUCGAUGUGAUGUGAAAGGGACACUGAGUGGUAUUGGGGAGUGUGAACAGAAAAGUGGACAGUGUCAUUGCAAGUCCAAUGCUUGUGGACAUACAUGUGACACCUGUAAGGACGGAUACUUCAUGCUGCAAAAACGCAAUUAUUUUGGGUGUCAAGGUUGUCAGUGUGAUGUAGGUGGUGCCGUCGGGAUGACAUGUGAAGAUAUGACAGGACAAUGCCAGUGUCGGAAGAAUGUGGUUGGUCGUAAAUGCACUGAGCCAGCUCCCAACUACUUCUUCCCCUCUCUGCACCAACUGAAGUUUGAGGUGGAGGAUGGUACCACGCCAAAUGCCAGACCAGUGCGCUUUAGCUUUAACUCCCAGGAGUUCCCAGGUUUUAGCUGGAGAGGUUAUGCCGUGAUGUCUCCUGCACAGAAUGAAGUCAGAGUAACUGUGCAUGUUGACCCGAAAGAUGAACGCCAGCAAUUAUUCCGUGUGGUUCUGCGGUUCACUAACCCCAGCAGCGCCGUUGUGACCGGUAGCAUUAAGGCUACUAAUCACAGAGGCACGGCAGGGUCAGAGCAGAGUAAGGAAGUAGUAUUCCCUAUGAGUCCUUCCCCAUCCUUCCUCACGGUCCCAGGAGAGGGCUUCGCUGAGCCCUUUGCACUGACCCCUGGGAAAUGGAUAAUUCACAUUAAAGCACAGGGGGUUCUGCUGGACUAUUUAGUAUUGCUACCACGAGAUUAUUAUGAGGCACCUUUACUACAGGAAAAGAUCACCGUACCCUGCACAUACUUACUCAGCACAAACCGAGACACAAACUGUCUGCUCUAUAAGCACGUCGCCAUGGAUGCUUUCAGCUCUUCCCUGGCCUCACAGGGACGACUGUCCAACCGCAGUGGACGCAGAAGGAGACAGUCCCGUGUGCGACGUCUCACCCCAGAUCACCCUGAAAUGGCUGCUCUCCAUGGGAAGCAGUCUCAGCUCCAGCUCAGCCUGCGUGUGCCUCGUCCAGGUGCUUACGCCCUCGUCCUUGAAUAUGCGAGCGAGGAAGACAAUGUCCAGAACGUCAACAUUCUCAUCAGUAGUCAGCCCGGCAGUCAGAUCCAGGCCAGGGCCAACAUUUAUAGUUGUGCCUACAGCUUUUUGUGCCGGAGCGUGGCGGUGGACAGCAGCAACAGAGUGGCAGCUCUGCAGUUAACUCACAGGACAGAGCUGCUCCUGCAAACCUCUACAGCCUCAUUUCUGCUGUACAAAGUUUACGCAGUGCCUGCAGAAGAAUUCUCUGUGGAGUAUGUAGACCCCAAAGUCCUCUGUGUCUCCACUCAUGGACGUUUCACUGAAGACAGUCGACAUUGUGUUCUGAGGCAGUUCGACACGCCUACAUCAGCCUGGGUGUUGUAUGCGGCCCGUGACGGACAGCUCUCCUCCACACCAGCUGCUGCUCUGCAACAAAGAGAGAAUGAGGACUGGAGAUGGAGACGACAGACGGGGGCGUUCGGGCCUGUCCGUGAACCUCAAAGUGAUGGGAUACUGCUUAAAUUCCCUCAGACGGAGAUCAGUUUCUCUCCCAAGGUGCCGCUCCCAGGCAGGUAUGUUGUCGUGGUCCAUUAUCAUCAGCCUGAACACAUCUCCUUCCCUGUUGAAGUCCGAGUGGAAGCAGGACGUGAAGCAGCUGGUUCAAUAAAUGCAUCCUUCUGUCCUGCAGUCUCAGGCUGCAGGGAUGUAGUCAUUGCCGAUGGGCGCAUUGCCCUGGACUUUGCUGAGAAUUCUUGGCGCCAGCCCACCAUCUCUGUGAUUGUCCCACCUCACAAGACCCUUUUUCUGGAUUAUAUCUUGCUGAUUCCUGACAGCACUUACACUCCAGAUCUCCUGAAAGAAAAGCCUCUGGAUAAAUCCGCAGAUUUUCUCCAACAGUGCAGAGGAGAGGGGUUCUACAUAGACCCUAGAACAUCCUCACAGUUCUGCAGAGAUUCGGCCCGCUCUCUUGUAGCAGCUUAUAAUGAUGGAGCUCUGCCUUGUAACUGUGACCAGUCUGGCUCUACUGGACCUACCUGUGACCCGGUUGGAGGACAGUGUCCCUGUAGACAGUUUGUCAUUGGUCGACAGUGCACAAAGUGUGCUACUGGGUACUAUGGCUUCCCCUACUGUAGACCUUGUGAAUGCGGUCGACGACUGUGCGAUGAGGUGACGGGACGCUGUAUCUGCCCUCCUCAGACAGUGAGACCUUCAUGUGACACGUGUCAGAGUCAGACGUUUAGCUAUGACCCUCUGCUGGGCUGUGAGGGCUGUCAGUGUUCUCCAAACGGCACUGAACCCAACGCAGGCCCUGACUGUGACCGUGACACUGGACAGUGCAGUUGCAAGCCUAGGAUUGGAGGCCGACAGUGUGAUCGCUGUCGUCCAGGUUAUUAUAGCUUUCCUCAGUGCCUGCCGUGUGAUUGUAACCAAGGUGGAGCCUCUGCAGAAAUCUGUCAGCCGGACACAGGAAGAUGUCUGUGCAAGAGAAAUGUUGCCGGUGUCAGGUGUGAUACCUGUUGGGAAGGUUCCUUCCAUUUCAACCCGUCCAACCCUGUGGGCUGCACCAGUUGUUUCUGCUUCGGAGCCACUAACCAGUGUCAGAGUUCCAGUAAACGUAGGGGGAAGUUUGUUGAGAUGCGUGGCUGGCGUCUGGAAAGUCCAGACCAGGACGAUGUUGCGUCUGUGUUGAACGCAGUCAGUAACACCGUGGUGGCAGACGUCCAGGAGCUCUCACCUACAGUUCGGGUCCUACACUGGGUGGCACCACAGUCCUACCUGGGAAACAGGGUUUCUUCUUAUGGUGGUUUCCUGACAUAUCAAUCCAAAUCCUUUGGCAUUCCUAGCGAAGGGAUGACGCUGAUGGACAGAAGACCUGAUGUCAUUCUAACUGGCCACAAUAUGACCCUGAUCCACAUAGCUUCACAACUCCCGAAUCCAGACAGGGUGUAUCAGGGCCGAGUCCAGUUCACAGAGGGAAACUGGCGCCAUGCUGGUACCAACAGGCCUGUCUCCAGAGAGGAACUGAUGAUGGUCUUAGCCAGUCUGGUGGGCCUGAGGGUCCGAGCCCUGUACUUCACUCAGAGCCAGCGACUCAGUUUGGGGGAGGUGGGCUUGGAGGAGGCCACCAACACAGGGACAGGAGGCCCUGGAAACACUGUGGAGGACUGUUCCUGCCCACCUGAGUACACCGGAGACUCCUGUGAGAAAUGUGCCCCUGGUUACUUCAGAGAUGGCAGCGGUUCUUACUUGGGUCGGUGUUUGCCCUGUAACUGCAACGGUCAUGCAAAUGAGUGCGAAGACAAGACAGGGAGAUGCCUGAACUGCCAAUAUAACACAGCUGGAGAUAGAUGUGAACGCUGCAAGGAAGGUUACUAUGGAAACGCAGCUCUGAGGACAUGCACACUUUGCCCUUGUCCAUUCAGUGUGCCUUCAAACAGUUUUGCAGUGGGUUGCAGAGAUGUCAAUGAAGGCGUCCAGUGCAUAUGCAAGUUAGGUUACACUGGAGACAGAUGUGAGAGGUGUUCUCCCGGUUUCUAUGGUGAUCCUCUGAUACCGGGAGGAAGCUGUCGUCCCUGCAACUGCAACGGCAAUGGCAACAACUGUGAUUCCAGGACUGGAGUUUGCAAGAACACACUGGAGCCAGGAGAUACAAACACUGAUGAGCAAUGUCAAGAAUGCGAUAACUGUGCCCAGACUUUACUACAUGAUCUUGAGAAGCUGGACGAUGAGCUGAAAAGGAUCAAAGCUCAGUUGGAUAAUGCCACAGCCAGUGCCUCCUCUCAGGAGAGACUGAAGAAGUUGGAAAAGGCUUUAUCAGACACAAAGAUUCUUGUCAACAAAUACAACUCCUCAGUCAACAGCCAAAAGUCCAGAGUCAAGCAGCUGGAAGAAGACAUGAGCUCUCUUACAGAUGACAUCAGCCUCCUCAAACAGAAGGCAAAUGAGAAGGCAGAUGAUGCUAAGAAGGCAGUAGCAGAUGUUGAAAAAACCCACAAGAGGGCGAAGGAUCUGGACUCAGAGGUUCGAAACAUGCUUAAAAAAAUCCAAGGCCUGUUGGACCUGCUGAACGAAGACAGCACCAGCGGUGAUAAGCCACCCAAUGAAAACCUGAGUAAAAUGAUAGAAGAAGCUCAGCGCAUGGUGAACGAGAUGGAAAAAAGGAACUUCACCCGUCAGAGGACCGCCGCUGAGAAAGAAAAAGACGAGGCCAUGAAAUUGCUGGACCACAUCAAGGCAAAUAUAAGUAAGCAGUGUGACCAGAACGAGGCAGCAGCAAAAAAGAUUCGGAGCCUUUUGAAAGAUUAUGAAGCCAAGCUUAAGGACCUGGACGCUGCUCUGAAGGAGGCCGCAGAUUUGGUCAAAAAAGCCACCGCCCAGAACGGACUCAGUGCUCAGACACUGAAAGAUCUGCGGAAACGUAUUGAGGACUUGGAAAAGGAGAAGAAGGCUGUGCUGGACCAGAUGGACAUGGCUGGAAACGAACUGCAGAAAACUGAGGAUUUAGUGAAAAUGUUAACCGACAGUAAAACGGAGUAUGAACAACUAGCUGCACAGCUGGAUGGUGCCAAGACUGACUUGACCAAGAAGGUGAAUGAGAUUUCCAAAGCAGCAGCCAAUGAGAAAUUAGUGGAGGCUGCAGAGGAACACGCCAAGAACCUCACCAAGAUGGCAGAAGAUCUUGAGAAUGCUGUGAAGAAUGCAAGUGGACUGAGUGAAGUGCGUAACGCCAAAGAUGCUAUCGAGGCGUACAAGAACAUCACAGAUGUCAUCAAUGCUGCUGAGGAUGCGGCUAAUAAAGCUAAAGUUGCAGCUACCGAUGCCUUGAAUAAUGUCAAAAACCAGAAACUUACACAGAGAGCAAAAGACCUGAAAAACACUGGUGGUGACCUACUGGAUAGUGCACGGGCAUCAGAUAAAGACCUUAAAGCUGCCGCAGAUGAUCUCAAUGCCCUGAAGAAACGGCUGAAAAACGCUGACAAGAAGAAAAAAACUCUUAAAAAUGACCUUCUUGAGGCUCAAAACAAAUUAAAAAACAUCACAAGAGAUGACAUUGGUGAGAUGAUAAAUGACGCCAAGAUGAAAGCGGCGUCAGCCAACGACACCGCCAGUAGCACCAUGGACAAACUUAACGCCAUCAGAAAGGAGAUUGACAAGAUCAAUGUUACUCCUGGGGACUCCAACCUCAGUCGUGUCAUGGACGAUGUGGAUGAGUCAGUGAAGAAGCUGUUGAAAACCAUCCCAUCUCUGAAUGAUAAGAUCUCCGAAGUGGAAAAUCUGACCUCGCAGUUCUCACCUUUAAACAACAUAACUGAGAACAUCAAGAAAAUCAAAGAUCUCAUUGAACAAGCACGUGAUGCCGCUAACAGGAUCGGGAUCCCAAUGAAGUUUACAGGCGAAGGCUACGUGGAGCUGCGUCCUCCAAAGGACCUCGAGGACCUGAAGGCCUACACUGCUCUGUCUCUGUUGCUGCAGAGGCCUGAAGGCAGAGGAGAUGGGAGACGCAGACGCAGACAGACGAGGGGCAAGGAGGACAUGUUUGUGAUGUACCUCGGCAAUAGAAACCCUAAUAAGAACUACAUUGGUAUGGCUCUGAGGAAGAACACUCUGUACGGUGUGUACAAACUCAACGGAUAUGAGCAUGAGAUUAAAACGGGUUACAUCACGACAUCAACAUCGGAGCAGGCCAAGUUUGAUAAAGUGGACCUACGCAGAAUUUACCAAGAUGCAGAGCUGAUCCUCACCAAAGAUUACUACUCAACCCCAUCUGGAGCCCCCAUCCGCAGUGGAGCACUGGGGGAGGACUCCCAGAACCUUUUGGACCCCAAUGACAUUGUUUUCUAUGUCGGAGGCUACCCUGCCAACUUCACACCUCCAGAUUCUCUAAAUUACCCCAUGUACACGGGCUGCAUUGAGUUCGCCUCCUUCAAUGACAGAGUUGUCAGUCUGUAUAAUUUCCAGAAUGCAGAUAAAAUCAAUGUGGAAACCCCCUGCAAGAGGCAUGUGCGUCAAGAGGACUCUAAUUACUUUGAGGGUACUGGAUAUGGUAAAGUUAACAUACUUCGAAUGCCAAGUACAUUCCUCGUCGACAUGACCAUCUACAGUCGUGCAGAAAACGGCCUGCUCUUUUAUAUUGGAACUGAGGAGAAAUACAUUGCUGUGACAAUUGAAAAGGGUGUUGUUUAUCUACGUAGUAAUGCCUUCAAAGAUGCAGCUCCACAUUCCAAAAACAAAAUAUUCCCGAUGACAACUGACUGGGAGGACAUUAUCGUCGUUAUUACCUCCCAUGGAAAAAUUAACGUCCGCGUAGCAAGCGAAACUGUGUCGGCCAUAGCUGAAUACAAUCACAACGACUUUAAAGAAUGCUAUGUUGGUGGUAUACCUCAAAAUAUAAGGGAGUUACAUAACAUCACCUUACCACCAUUUAAAGGAUGCUUGAAGAAUCUGAAGCUGAAUAAAAUCUUUAAACUUGUUGACGAGCAAGUGGGCAUCAGUAAAGGAUGUCCCAGGGAUUCUUUGGUUUCCCGCAAGGCAGAAUUCAGCUUGGAGAGCUCCCUGUCGGCUAAUCUGGCUGGAUUUAGUCUGGCUGGUAAUGUUACCGUCUCCCUUGGAUUCAAGAGCACAGAGAAUCAGGGUCUUCUCCUACAGGACAAAGAGCUGGCUAAUGGGUUGAAUCUUGCAUUGGAUGAUGGCUAUGUCACUCUCAAAUUUAAUGGCAAGAUGUGGAAGUCAAACAGACAGUACAAUGACGGCCAGUGGCAUUACCUGACUGUAACCAGGAGAGGUCCAAGCGUUGACUUCUACGUCGAUGAUGAAGAUGAGGGUCGAGAGCAGCGCGGCAGUGCAACCAUACCCGACACAAGUGGUGCCCUGUUCCUCGGAAAAGACACGUUCAAAGGCUGCGUGUCCAACCUCUACACCAGACGGCUGGACAAUCUGUACAAAGCUGAGGACUUAAGCAAGUUCCAGGCUUCAGGGAAUGUCCUUUUGGAUGUGUGUACUGCCCAGAGUCCCAUCCAAAUGAUGCUGGACCGCACACUGAAGAGGGAGGGCGUCACGCAGGCUGUAAAUGAGAGUGUAUCCACAUGUGAACUACCAGCCUUGGUUCAACAUGCUUAUCGGAUGGGGGGCCCGGCUAGCAGUCUGAGCUACAGCCUCCCACUGCAAGUCCUCCAACCCAGACCACACUUUUCUGUUGAUGUCAGGACUCGAUCCCAGGAAGGUCUGCUGUUCUUCACUGCUACCAGAGGAGGGCGCUCACAUCUUGCUUUAUACAUGUCCAAAGGUAGAAUUAGACUGUCUGUAGGCAAAGAGAGGGAGAUCUUCAACAGGGAGAAGUACAGUGAUGGAAAGUGGCACUCGGUCAUAUUCAGUUUGGAAAAGAAAAAAUUCCGCUUGGUUGUGGAUGGUAUCCGAGCCCUGGAUGGUCAGCUGACAAAUGCUGAGCUGACAUCCAUGCAGCAGUUCAUGUCACCUGUGUACCUGGGCAGCGUCCCAGAAUCCCUCCACAAACAGUUAAAGUGGAAAGGUUUACCAAAGCACAGUGUGUCUGGCUGUGUCCGCAAUUUCAAAAUGAACGGAGCGCCAAUGACGGAUCCAUCAACUAACCACGGUGCUGGCCCCUGUUUCGAGGGACAAACACAAAAAGGGGCUUAUUUCUCAGGGAAUGGAGCAUAUGUUAUUAUCAAUGAGUCGUUUGCUUUUGACUCCAGUUUCGAGCUGCUGUUCAAUAUUCGACCGAGGAACCUGACUGGGUUGCUGCUCCAUGUUGGUGAUUUAAGCCUGAACCGAUAUGAACCCGUGAUGGGCCAUUAUCUCAGUAUCUACAUGCUCAGAGGAGAGGUAGUGGCAGAAGUGAAUAAUGGAAAAGGAGAGUUUAUGGUGUCAGUGCAGCCAAAGACGACACUGUGUGAUGGAACAUUUCAUAAAAUAUCAGUAAUCAAGAGGAAAAAUGUUGUGCAACUGCAUGUGGAUACAGUGGAUAAUUAUAAGAUUGGACCACCAUUAUCCACCCCAUCAUUGACCAAAUACCCCCUGUAUGUGGGUGGCAUUCCUGAGAUGUCAAAACAGCAGACACUUCCUGUCACGUCAUCCUUCGUGGGAUGCAUCGAGGACAUGAGGAUCAACGGGGACUCGGUUUCCUUCAACAGACUGACGGCUGUGUUUGGUCCAGUGAACCUCAAAGAGUGUCCUGCGGGUUAAAUGAGUGUGUCUCACAGCAUCUUUACCAAACCUUGGGACCACGUCCACCACCAUCCAUGUGCAAUCUGUUACCGAGAAAGAGAAUGUGUUUGUGUGUAAGAAUGUACAUAUUACUGGUGUGUUUUAUUUGUACUUCCGUGUGUGUCUGUGUAUGUGGGUGUAUGUGUAUAAUUGAGUUGUGAGCAGCAGCUUACAUGUUCAUAAUAUUUGCUGCUCUCUUAAGCAUUUUUAUAUUUAUUUUGUGAUAAAAUCAUGUAUUAUGGCACCAAUUCAUGAAUGCUUUUUUCUAACAAGUGUUUUACAGUCUGAUGUGUUGGCUCAUUUAUUCUCUGUCGACAAUCAAAUGCUACUGAAUAUGCUUGUGAUUGGUCAGAGCUGCAAUAUGAGCAAACCAGCACUUUAAGAAAUCAAAUGAAAUGCCUUUGCUGAUGGUGCUUUUGUUCAGAUCAACAUUAUAAGCUGAUUUUCUGUUUUUUGUUUGUUAGAUUCUAGACUAUGCAUUACAAUAAUUUUCAGUUUACACCCAAAACUGUUCAGUUCAGUGACAUUUUCAGGGUUUGAUGAGCUACUGUAAAUUCAUGUCCUUGUGAAAACAAGUGCGAGUUAAAUGGUUUUAUGGACAUUUAUUCUUUAUACUGGGUCAUGGACGCAAAAAUCUGCACAUGAUAGAUUUUGUGGACCAUUACUUGUCAGUGAAAUAACUGAUAUAAAAACCAAAACGGAGUUAGAUCUACAGUUAGCGUCAAAAAUUCAGGUCAGUCACACUGGGACCAUUUAGCCCAUAUACAGUACAUAUUGUGAUUGAAAUUCACAUUUAAAUUAUCCUACAAGUGUUUACUUACCUGCUUUGUAGAUUUAUGGAAUGAUAUUGUGAAAGGAGAAAAACUAUUGCAUGAUAAUUGGACAUGUUUUAUCUGCAUUCCUGUUUUGUGACCACAGAUUUGUAAACAAUUUUUAAUUUGUCCAGUUAUUGUUCUUUAUAAAUGCAAUACUUCUCAGUGCC